GAAUACGGUCUUCAACUCUCCUAAUUAAAUCACUAUAUUUCGUCGUAUCGAAUAAAAUUUCACAAGCUUAAUUAAAUAAUUAAGAAGCGCCAUGAGUCUGCAAAAGCAAAAUGCCGGGAUUUGUACAUUAUUUUUUUAAGUCUAUACGUUUACAUUCGCAAUCACAUUACACAAGCAUAUCAGUUGCAUUUCGGACUAUAAAUUUUGCUUAGUGUAAAAUAUCUCCAUUAUCUGAGAUUGCAAUUAUAAUCGUGUUUGAAAACAUUAGAUGAUAGGAGAAAAAACAUUUAUAUUGACAAUGAAUGAACCUGAAUUUGUCAGUUGUUUCUCAAACUUGUUUAACUACAUCUCGUUUGUAGUCGAAGUUCUAAAUCAAGUUUGAAUCCUUUAAUAGUCUAUUUUACAAACGAUAUAAUAAUAAUGGGCCUUAGUUGGGAAUUAAGUGAAAACGAGUUAAUUAAAAUAGCAAAAGAAUUUACCAGACUAGAAGACAACACAUAUUUAGAUCAUGCCGGAACUACGUUGUAUACAGAAAGUCAAAUAGAAAUGUCGAGCACGUUGCUUAAGAAGAAUCUUUUUUGCAAUCCUCAUUCUUGUAAAGAAACUGGUGAUCUGCUAGAUCAAGUUCGAUUUCGAAUUCUACGUCAUUUCAAUACAAACGCUAAUGAAUAUUCCGUUAUUUUUACUUCAAAUGCUACCGGUGCUUUGAAAUUAGUAGCAGAAACAUUUGAUUUCGGCAAUCCUGAACCAGGCAGCUUCUAUUAUUGUCAAGAAAACCAUACUUCCGUAUUGGGCAUGCGUGAGGUUGUACAAACCGCUAAUAUAUUUGUUCUAACCAAAGAUGAAAUUCUUCAAAAUUUAGAAGCAAAGAGUUCGCCGACACAAACGAAGAACCUUGGAAACUCUUUAAUCGUUUUUUCAGCUCAAUGUAACUUCAGUGGCUUUAAAAUGCCUCUAGAACUCAUUGAACGCAUACAAAAGUUUGGUUUGGCUAAUAAAGGCCAACAAGUUGCAGGAGAAAAGCAAUCGAUUAAGCAAAAAGAUUUAAGCAAAUUUUUUGUAUUCUUGGAUGCUGCUUCUUAUGUCGGUACAAAUUAUUUAGAUUUAGACAUAUAUAAACCAGAUUUCGUUUGUGUCUCCUUUUAUAAAAUGUUCGGAUAUCCAACUGGUAUUGGAGCUUUAUUAGUAAGUAAAAGGGGCCAGUCGUCAGUUUUGAAAAAACGUUACUAUGGCGGUGGUACUGUCAACAUAUCUAUGGCUAGAGAAACCUUUCAUGAGAAACGAUGCGAUAUUUCUGCACAAUACGAAGACGGCACUUUGGCUUUUCUCACUAUAGUGUGCUUGUUAGAUGGUUUCAGAACUUUAGAAAGACUCAUACCAGCCACGUCUCACUUAAAUACCAUGGAGAGGAUAAGUUCAUAUGUCUUUCAACUCGCCAGAUAUUGCCAUGAUCAAUUGAGUACUUUAAGAUACAAUAAUGGUAAUUCAGUGGUAGAAUUCUACAAUCACAAUGGUUAUCACAGCAGAUCGCAGCAAGGCGGUAUAGUUACCUUUAAUAUUCUACAUGAGGACGGUUCUUACGUUGGUUUUGCCGAGGUAGCUUGUUUGGCGUCUGUUUAUAAUAUACAUAUACGUACUGGUUGCUUUUGUAAUCCCGGUGCCUGCCAAUGGUUCUUAAAACAAAGCAAUUCCGAUAUACGUAAGCAUUAUGAAUUCGGUUUCAAGUGUAGCGAAUACGUUGACUUGAUUGAUGGAGUGCCUACAGGAGCCGUCAGAGUUUCGUUAGGUUAUAUGUCACGUGAAACGGACAUAGAUGACGUUGUCAACAUGAUAAAAGAUUGUUAUUUAUCCCCACCGCAACGUAGACUAGACCGUAUAAGUAGUAAAGAUUUACCUUUAGCUCUUCAGCACAUACCUAUACGUUUGCAACCCCAUCUGAAAGAGAUAUGCAUUUAUCCCAUCAAAUCUUGCGGUUCUUUUAAACUAUACGACUCGUGGCCUUUGCAUCCGACGGGUUUCCUUUAUGAUCGUGAAUGGAUGAUAGUAAAUGCCUCUGGUAUGGCCAUAACUCAAAAACAUGAGACCAGAUUGUGUUUAAUAAAGCCAUACAUUCAAUUGGAAAAUGGACGUUUGCUAUUAACUUUUCCCGACAUGCCUACCGUAAGCGUGCCUUUGGAUAUGUCGUUUCAGGGCAACUACAUGUUAAGUUCUACUUUUUGCCAAAGUAAAGUUUGCAACGAUUAUGUGGGAGGUUUAGAUUGCGGCGAUGAAGUGGCUUGUUGGUUAAGUGAUUGCCUAGAAAUGUCGGGCUUAAGGUUGAUUAAGCAUGAUCAGAGACGCAAUCAAGAUGGUGUAAUUAAGGACAUAGCUCUAGUUAAUCAGAGUCAGUUUCUUUUAAUAAAUCGUUCUUCGGCAAGAUGGCUAGCUCGGAAAGUCGCAAUUGAAAAAGAACCUUUGGACUCCACAAUAGAUCGUUUUCGAGCCAAUCUUAUUUUAGAGACAGUCAUGCCGUUAGAGGAAAAUGAUUUCGAAUUUGUUACAAUAGGGAAUAUCACUUUCAAAGUUGAUGGCUUUUGCACGCGCUGUCAAAUGAUUUGCAUUGAUCAACAUACGGGUCAAAAGACUUCAGAGCCUUUACGUACCAUUGCACGGGAAUUCAAUGGGAAAAUACGUUUUGGUAUUUAUCUCUCUUUCGCAGAGGUCCCUCCAGCUAACGCGCGACUAUCAUGCAAAGAUAAAAUAGUGAUAAUCAAGCACCAAAAAGAUAUUAAUUAAAAAUAAAAUCAAAACCUAAUGACUCACCAAAUUACCAACUCAGAAAUUAUUCUCGGUUACUUUUUUCUAGUCUAAAAAUUUACUUAAUAAAAUUAAAUACCGAGAUACUUGA